AUGUCUCACCUGCUAUUUGCCUUACUUUCAUUACUUUCCUUUGCUGCCCUUCUGGAAGCACAGUGGAAACUUAGAGAGAAUGUGUAUGUCAUAGAAUCUGAGUGGAACGAUGAGACACCAGCUAAAAAAGUGAAGCUCACCUGUAACACAUCUGAUGAAACACUGCCAGUUUACUGGAAAAAGGAAACAGAACUGAAAGGAACUGGAAAGACUCUGAUCGCCGAAGUGAAGGAGUUCCCGGAUGCUGGCAACUACACCUGUCUGUCAGCUAAGACACACGAGAUUAUCAGCUACAAUUUCUUCCUCAUAACUAAAGUAGACUCCAAUGGGCAAAUGAUACGGUCGAUUCUGAAAAGCUAUAAAGAGCCAAGCAAGACGUUCUUAAAAUGUGAGGCAAAGAACUACUCUGGAAUUUUCACAUGUUCAUGGAUGACAGAAAAUGAGAGUCCAAGCGUGAAGUUCACAAUCAGGAGCCUAAAAGGCUCUCAAGGAGAUGUAACCUGCAGCAGCCCUGUGGCUCACACUGAAAAAUCUGUGACUGAAUACACUGCCCAGUGCCAGAAGGAAAACUACUGUCCGUUUGCCGAAGAGCACCAGCCAACUGAGAUGUUCCUGGAGGUCAUUGAUGAGGUGGAAUAUGAGAACUACACUAGCAGCUUCUUCAUCAGAGAUAUCAUAAAGCCAGACCCACCUCAAUGUCAGUAUGCAAGCACAAAUGGAACAGUGACCUGGACAUAUCCCAGAACCUGGAGCACACCAAAGUCCUACUUCCCUUUGACUUUCAGGGUCAAAGUUGAAAGCAUGAAGAAAUACAGAAGCAAGGUUUAUGAUGCUGAUGAGCAGUCUAUUCAGAUUCCAAAGUCUGGGCCAAAAGACAAGAUCUUUGUGCAGGCCAGGGAUCGCUAUUACAACUCAUCCUGGAGUGAGUGGUCUACACUUUGCAGGUAA